AUGAGCUCAGGCGGACGUGGCGGCAAGCGGCGGGGUCCCCCACCCCCCGCUCCCUCCGGGGCGGCGGCGAAGAGGGCCAACCCCAGCCCCGGCACGCCGCAGCCGCCUCCUCCCGCGGCGGGCGCGGCCGCCGCGGAGGAGGAGGACAUGAUGGACGAGGACGUGUUCCUGGAUGAGUCCAUCCUGGCGGAGGACGAGGCGGCGCUGCUGAUGCUCCAGCGCGACGAGGCCUUCGCGUCCCGCCUCGCGCGGUCGAAGCGCCCCGCACUCCCCGCCGACCUCGCCGCCGGGUGCUCCCGCGCCGUCGCUUUUCAGCAGUUGGAAAUAGAUUAUGUUAUUGGUGAGAGCCACAAAGAAUUGCUCCCCAACUCAUCUGGUUCGGCAGCCAUACUAAGGAUUUUUGGUGUUACAAGAGAAGGUCACAGCAUAUGCUGUCAGGUGCAUGGAUUUGAGCCAUAUUUCUAUAUUGGCUGUCCUUCAGGGAUGGGUCCUGAUGAUAUAUCGCGCUUUCACCAAACACUAGAGGGGAGGAUGAAGGAGUCAAAUAGAAGCAGCAAUGUUCCAAGAUUCGUGAAGAGAGUUGAGCUUGUGCAGAAGCAGACAAUUAUGCAUUACCAAACACAGCAAUCUCAGCCUUUCCUCAAGAUAGUAGUAGCUUUGCCUACCAUGGUUGCUAGCUGUCGUGGUAUUCUGGAAAGGGGCAUAACAAUUGAAGGCCUUGGUUCAAAGAGUUUCCUUACAUAUGAAAGCAACAUUCUUUUUGCCCUUCGAUUCAUGAUUGAUUGCAAUAUUGUUGGUGGCAACUGGAUUGAACUUCCUGCUGGGAAAUACAGGAAAGCAGCCCGUGUCAUGUCCUAUUGUCAGCUAGAGCUAGAUUGCCUAUACUCAGAUCUGGUAAGCCAUGCUGCUGAAGGAGAAUAUUCUAAGAUGGCCCCGUUUCGCAUAUUAAGUUUUGAUAUUGAAUGUGCUGGUCGCAAAGGUCAUUUCCCAGAACCAACUCAUGAUCCUGUUAUUCAGAUAGCUAACUUGGUUACACAUCAAGGAGAAGGCCAACCUUUUGUACGGAAUGUCAUGACUCUUAAAUCAUGCUCUCCCAUUGUGGGAGUCGAUGUUAUGUCAUUUGAUACAGAGAGAGACAUUCUACUUGCAUGGAGGGAUUUCAUACGUGAAGUGGAUCCGGAUAUCAUAAUUGGAUACAAUAUUUGCAAAUUUGACAUGCCCUAUCUUAUUGAGGCUAUGCAACGGGAUUACAAGCUGAGUUCUUAUUCAUUGAACUCUGUAUCGGCACACUUUCUUGGGGAGCAAAAAGAAGAUGUUCAUCAUUCAAUUAUAUCUGAUCUUCAAAAUGGAAACUCAGAGACACGAAGGCGGCUUGCAGUUUAUUGCUUAAAGGAUGCUUAUCUUCCUCAAAGACUGUUAGAUAAAUUGAUGUAUAUCUACAACUAUGUGGAAAUGGCAAGGGUCACUGGUGUUCCCAUUUCGUUUCUACUUUCGAGGGGACAAAGUAUUAAGGUCCUCUCGCAACUACUCAGGAAAGCAAAACAGAAAAACCUUGUUAUACCAAAUAUCAAGGGUCAAGGGUCAGGGCAAGAUACCUUUGAGGGUGCAACUGUUUUGGAGGCAAGGGCUGGAUUUUAUGAGAAGCCCAUCGCAACUUUGGACUUUGCUUCUCUGUAUCCAUCCAUCAUGAUGGCAUAUAACCUUUGCUACUGUGCCCCUGAGGACGCCUCAGAACUCAACUUACCUCCGGAAAGCCUCAAUAAAACCCCAUCUGGUGAAAUAUUUGUGAAACCAGAACUACAGAAGGGUAUACUUCCUGAGAUCCUUGAAGAAUUAUUAGCAGCUCGGAAAAGGGCAAAAGCAGAUUUAAAGGAAGCAAAGGACCCACUUGAAAGGGCUGUUCUUGAUGGUCGUCAGCUUGCACUGAAAAUAAGUGCAAACUCAGUUUAUGGUUUCACUGGAGCAACUGUUGGUCAGUUACCUUGCUUAGAGAUUUCUUCAAGUGUGACCAGCUAUGGACGACAAAUGAUUGAACAUACAAAAAAGCUUGUUGAAGAUAAAUUCACAACAGUAGGAGGUUAUGAGCAUAAUGCUGAGGUAAUUUACGGGGACACUGAUUCUGUGAUGGUACAGUUUGGUGUUUCUAAGGUUGAAGAUGCAAUGAAGUUAGGAAGAGAAGCUGCAGAUUAUAUUAGUGGAACCUUUACCAAGCCCAUCAAGCUGGAGUUUGAGAAGGUCUAUUUUCCUUACCUUCUGAUCAGCAAGAAGAGAUAUGCUGGUUUGUACUGGACGAACCCUGAGAAAUUUGACAAAAUGGAUGCAAAAGGUAUUGAAACUGUGAGAAGGGACAACUGUUUAUUGGUAAAGAACCUGGUAACUGAGUGCCUUCAUAAAAUACUGGUGGACCGUGAUGUUCCUGGUGCAGUCCAAUAUGUCAAAAACACCAUAUCUGAUCUAUUAAUGAAUCGUGUCGACUUGUCUCUUCUUGUCAUAACAAAGGGUUUGACAAAAACGGGAGAAGAUUAUGCUGUAAAAGCUGCUCAUGUGGAGCUUGCUGAGAGGAUGCGAAAGAGAGAUCCAGCUACUGCACCUACUGUUGGUGAUCGUGUUCCUUAUGUUAUAAUUAAAGCAGCAAAAGGGGCAAAGGCAUAUGAGAAAUCAGAAGAUCCAAUUUAUGUUUUGGACAAUAAUAUACCCAUUGAUCCUCAAUACUACCUUGAGAACCAAAUUAGCAAGCCACUUUUGAGGAUCUUUGAGCCAAUUCUGAAGAAUGCCAGCAAAGAAUUGCUUCAUGGAAGCCACACCAGAUCUGUUUCAAUCUCAACUCCUUCAAAUAGCGGGAUAAUGAAAUUUGCAAAGAAACAAUUAACUUGCCUUGGGUGCAAAGCUGUUAUCAGUGGUGCCAGUCAGACACUUUGCUCACAUUGCAAGGGAAGAGAAGCAGAGUUAUACUGCAAAACAGUAGCAAAUGUUUCUGACCUGGAGAUGCUCUUUGGGAGGCUAUGGACACAAUGCCAGGAGUGCCAAGGAUCUCUGCACCAGGACGUUCUCUGUACAAGUCGGGAUUGUCCGAUUUUCUAUCGGCGAAGGAAGGCGCAGAAGGAUAUGGCCGAAGCUAGGCUGCAGCUUGACCGGUGGGACUUCUGA